UAGUGGGUUGUACUGAGUGAUUUGCUUGUUUGACUUUGCGUAUUCGACCUUAUCUUUGACUCCGAAUCCCGCCUAGCCCUUCUGGUAGUCCGAUUCUUGCCAGAGAGCUUCUAGUUUAUUUGCCCCGUGGUUUCGUGUUUCUUACCAUUCGCUCGAUUUCGAUCCUCACCUAGCCCGUCUGCUUUGUUUGCUGAUUGGAUUUUGCGUUUGACUUUACGCUCGUUUUUACCUCGACUCACGUUUUGCCCUCUGUUCACCGUAUAGUGCUCCGGUUAGUUAGUGUGUUACCAGCUGUACUAAAAAUCCAUCCAUUAGGACAAUUUUGUUAUUUUGCUUUAUUUUUUUACUUCAUUGUUUUUGAAGCUACUCUGGGCGGAGAUUUAAGGCCCCGUAUUGAGUCGCCUACGGUAUUCCGGCCUUUUUAGUUUCCAACUAUUCCGAAAGCCGGCUUGUGCAAGUAACCUUAGAAGACUAGCCAGCAUUCAGUCAGAUUUGGAUUGGCAGAUGGGGACCGGAGUUACUGGUCGGUUUGCAGUACGUUUUCCUUUCCCAUUUCCGUUAUUUACCCUUACGGUCUGACGCUGGACCAGGUCUUAACAACUGCCUUUAGCAAUACUGCUGAUGAUAAAGAUGUUAGAGGCUUCAGAUGGCAGGGAACAAUGGGCCUGGCCACAUAAGCAAAGCUAUUGGGCCACAGCAUUACAGAAAAAAUAACACUCAAAACGGAAAACUGGAAGCCAGUAGCGACCUACCAGUAACAUUCUUCCUAAAUUUAGGCUACUGCUGUAUUAGACUAAUUUGAAGUGUAUUGUGUCUUCAUAGACCUACAUUAUUGGCACUAAGGAUUCUGAGGACACUGCAAUCAUUUUGUUAAAAAAAUCCUGUAAUCUGAUUGGUUCUAUAAAGUUUUUUUUUUUUUUUGCCAGUAUAAUGUCAUAUGGCAGCAAACAAUAAAUAAAUGGACAGUGACAGCAUCUGAUUGUUCCCUGAUGGCGCAGGCGCAUAUUCCUGCCAUAAUUUUUACGUACUCACGCCUCUCUGGAAGUUGUUCAGACUAACAGUAGGCUACCCUCAUACUAGUGUCAAUUCCAAAUUGGGAGAACUUUAAACUUAAAUUUCCAGAUUGAAUUGACAGCCCAAAUGUUAAUAAGAGACUUAAUGAGUCUGCUGUCGAUAAUGUUCUGAGGGUACAGGUGUCAGUGUUCCCUCCCUUUUGUCGUCAUUUCACUGAUAUGAUCUGUGACUGAUUGACAGUGUGAGCUUUCUGCCUCAUUGCUUUUGCCUUUACAUGCUCUCUCUAUUGAUCAAGGUAUAGGAAGAAAUUAAGACGUGACUCCACAGUUUAUGGACGCAAGCCAGGGCCAGCGGAGGAUGGGCUCCCCCUCUUUUCAGCCAGGUUUCUUCCCAUUUGGGGAGUUUUUUUUUUCUCGCCAGAGCGUUUAUCUUCCCACUGGGGAGCACUUUGCCCUCAAUGGUCGUUCGCGUUUAGGAGGUUCAUACCUGUUCAGACCAGUGUCUUUGUGACAGUGUCUCUGUAAUAUUAGAUAUUUAAAAAGCGCCAUGGAAAUUGAAUUAAAUCAUUGUAUUUCCCAACUAUCUGUUCCACCACGCGGACAAAUGGAUGAACGGUGGGGGAAGCAGCACGUGCUGUUGUUCCUGGCCCCGUUCCACUCUGCAGAGGUCAGGAGCGGAAACGGCGGUUUUACUGAUUGAUGAAUUCUCCGACUUGAUGAAAUGCAGACGCCAAAAAAAAUUGUUUGACACAUGCGAUUUCUUAUUUUGUCCUCUCCAAUAGAGCAGGGUCACGCGAAUUCGUUUUGUUUGUAACUGCUUUACAACCCCCUUGGUGUAGCAUGUUUACAUAUCACGACAUUGUAAAAUACUGAUGUUUAUUUUACGUUCUCCUCGUGUUAUAUGAAAUUAGAGAAAAACGCCCUCCCGGGUCUUUUCCCAAAAAAAAGGGGACGAGCGAAGACACGUAGUUCUGUGGCGAGUGUUUACCCAUAUCUCAGAUUUCCUGUUUGAGCAGUUUUGGGUUUCCUCAGUUCCUGUUCAGUUAGCCCCCCAGAUCCGGUCCAUUGUAACUGGUUCUUUCCCCCCGCCUGCUCACAUGGUAGAUUUUUUCCUUCCUGUCCGUGCGGGGCUGCUGAUCUAUCCGCGGGACCCAUAUGGCGAGAAAUCACUGCUCUUUUCCCCAACUCUUUUGGCAGUAAAUGAACGCGUUAUUUUCCCCCAUCUGCUGUCGCUGGAUUAAUGGACGCAUAACAAAAUGAACUGACUAUGGUGCCGUUUGGAUAUAUUCUACCUUUCUUCGACAAACCACGGGAUUUAGAUUUACUGUACAAAGUGCGGGUUGCGGUUGAAAUUGCAGCAGUCUUGGUUAUUUUAAUAAGGUGACUAAAGUCAUGAGAUCAUCAGCCUCCCGCUUAUCAAGUUUUUCGUCAAAAGAUUCCCUAUGGAGCCGAAUGCCGGAUCAGAUCUCAGUGUCCGAGUUUCUUUCGGAAACAACGGAGGAUUACAACUCUCCCACGACGUCCAGCUUUACGACCCGCCUGCAGAGCUGUCGGAACACCGUUAGUGUUCUGGAAGAGGCUUUGGAUCAAGAUCGAACGGCGCUCCAGAAGGUGAAGAAAUCCGUCAAAGCCAUCUACAACUCGGGACAAGAGCAUGUGCAGAACGAGGAGAACUACGCACAGGCGCUGGACAAGUUCGGCAGCAACUUCAUCAGCCGGGACAACCCCGACCUGGGCACGGCCUUCGUCAAGUUCUCCACGCUCACCAAGGAGCUGUCCGCCCUGCUCAAGAACCUGCUCCAGAACCUGAGCCACAAUGUGAUCUUCACCCUGGACUCCCUGCUGAAAGGGGACCUCAAAGGAGUAAAGGGGGAUAUCAAGAAGCCGUUCGAUAAGGCGUGGAAAGACUACGAAGCCAAGUUCACGAAGAUCGAGAAGGAGAAGCGGGAGCACGCGAAGCAGCACGGAAUGAUCCGCACCGAGAUCACCGGCGCCGAGAUCGCCGAGGAGAUGGAGAAGGAGCGCCGACUCUUCCAGCUGCAGAUGUGCGAGUACCUGAUCAAAGUGAACGAGAUCAAGACCAAGAAGGGGGUGGACCUUCUGCAGAACCUGAUCAAGUAUUACCACGCGCAAUGCAACUUUUUCCAGGAUGGCCUGAAAACUGCGGACAAGCUGAAACAGUACAUCGAGAAACUGGCAGCCGACCUGUAUAAUAUUAAACAGACGCAGGACGAGGAGAAGAAGCAGCUGACUGCCCUGCGGGAUCUCAUCAAGUCCUCUCUCCAGCUGGACCAGAAGGAGGACUCUCAGAGCAAGCAGGGUGGAUACAGCAUGCAUCAGCUACAGGGAAACAAGGAGUUUGGCAGUGAGAAGAAGGGAUAUCUGAUGAAGAAGAGCGAUGGGCUACGGAAGGUCUGGCAGAGGCGGAAGUGUUCGGUGAAGAGUGGCAUCCUCACCAUCUCGCACGCCACGUCCAACAGGCAGCCCGUGAGACUCAACCUGCUCACCUGCCAGGUGAAACCAAGCGGGGAGGACAAGAAGUGCUUCGACCUCAUUUCCCAUAAUCGGACGUAUCACUUCCAAGCAGAAGAUGAACAAGAGUUUGUGAUCUGGAUCUCGGUGCUGACCAAUAGCAAGGAGGAGGCCCUGAACAUGGCGUUCCGCGACGACCAGAGCGCCGGGGACGACAGCCUGGAGGACCUGGCCAAGGCCAUCAUCGACGACGUGCUGCGCAUGCCCGGCAACGAGGUCUGCUGCGACUGCGGGGCUGCAGACCCAAAAUGGCUGUCCACCAACUUGGGGAUCCUGACGUGUAUCGAGUGCUCUGGCAUCCACAGAGAAAUGGGGGUGCACAUCUCACGCAUCCAGUCCAUGGAGCUCGAUAAAUUAGGAACUUCUGAACUCUUGCUGGCCAAGAACAUAGGAAACGCUAGUUUUAAUGAAAUUCUCGAAGGAAGCCUCCCCUGUCCUUCACCAAAGCCUACCCCAUCCAGCGACAUGACGGUGCGGAAGGAGUUCAUCAACGCCAAGUACGUGGACCACAAGUUCGCCCGGAAGAACUGCGUCUCCGCGGCGGCCAAGAUGAGCGAGCUGUGCGACGCCGUGAAGUCCCGCCACCUGCUGGCGCUCGUCCAGGUGUACGCCGAGGGGGUGGAGCUUAUGGAGCCGCUGCCCGAGACCGGCCUGGAACCUGGAGAAACGGCGCUCCACUUCUCUGUGCGGACAGCGGACCAGACCUCCCUGCACCUGGUCGACUUCCUGGUACAGAACAGUGGGAACCUGGACAAGCAGACGGAGAGGGGGAACACGGCCCUGCACUACUGCUGCCUCUACGAGAAGCCCGAGUGCCUGAAGCUGCUGCUGAGGGGCAAGCCAGCCACCGACAUCACCAAUCAGGGCGGGGAGACUGCGCUGGACAUUGCCAGGAGACUGAAGAACUCCCAGUGUGAAGAACCGCUGGUGGAGGUGGCCGCUGGGAAGUUCAACCCUCACGUGCACGUGGAGUACGAGUGGAACCUGCGCCUGGAGGAGAUCGACGAGAGCGACGACGACCUCGACGACAAGCCGAGCCCCAUUAAAAAGGAGCGCUCCCCCCGCCCCCAGAGCUUCUGCCACCCGUCCCCCCAGGACAAGCUGUCCCUGCCCGGUUACUCCGCCCACCGCGACAAGCAGCGGCUCUCCUACGGGGCCUUCACCAAUCAGACGUACAGCCCCUCCACCGACUCGCCCACCUCGCCCACCGCCGACGCCCCCCCGCUGCCCCCCAGGAACGCCGGCAAAGUGCCGGUUCUGGCUUUCACUGGCUCUCCAACGUCACACUACGCCACUUUCUCCGGCUCCCGGCCGUGCAUCAGCACUCCCUCCUCCUCCUCCUCCUCCUCCGGCCCUCCCUCCUCCCUCCCUCUGAGCUCACAGACCCCUGGGGGGAGCUCCACCCUGUCCAAGAAGAGGCCGCCGCCCCCUCCCCCUGGACACAAACGCACCCUGUCCGACCCGCCCAGCCCGCUACCUCACGGCCCCCAGAGUAGAGGUGGGAUCCCCUGGGGUGAGUCAGGGAACGACUCCACUCCCCCUCCCACAAACAGGACGUCCCCUGCGAGCAAGUUUGAGGGCAUUCCGCAGCAGCAAAGUGCUACUUCCAGUAACACAAAAUCUACACUUGGUCCAAGGGUUCUUCCCAAACUACCUCAGAAAGUGGCAUUGCGGAAAAUCGACACCAUCCAUCUUCCGUCAGUGGACAAGCCGAGCCAGCCCCCUGAACCCUUCCAGAAGCCUCCGCAGACGGCGGAGACACCCCAAAAAGCCCCCCUGGCGGAGAAGCCCCAAAUAAGCGACCUUCCCCCCAAACCUCAAGUCUCCGACCUGCCCCCAAAGCCCCAGCUGUCUGACCUACCCCCCAAACCUCAGCUGGGCGACCUGCCCCCAAAGCCCCAGCUCAAGGACCUCCCGCCCAAGCCGCAGCUCUCCGACGUCCCCGCGAAGCCCGCCGCCGCCGCCGGGACGGGCGCCGCCGCCGACCCCGUCCCGAAGCCGCCCCCCGACGAAGUGGCGCCCAAGCCGCAGCCGCUGCCCGAGGAGCCGGCCUCCGGCCAGCAGGGGGAGCUUUCUCCCAAACAGCUGAGCGACGACGCCGACGGCUCCCCUGCGAGUGCCGGCGAGAUGCCCGUCCCGCUGCCGAGGAAGAUUAACACGGGAAAGACCAAAGCCAGGCGGGUGAAGACCAUCUAUGACUGUCAGGCGGACAACGACGACGAGCUCACCUUUGUGGAGGGCGAGGUCAUCAUCGUGACUGGAGAGGAGGACCAGGAGUGGUGGAUCGGGCACAUCGAAGGGCAGCCGGAGAGGAAGGGGGUCUUCCCCAUGUCUUUCGUGCACAUUCUGUCCGAAUGACCCCGGGGGCCGGGCAGGUGUGAGGCCCCUCCCUCUAGCACAAGCUCCGCCCCACUUCGGCCUCGCACGAGACUGAGGGCGCCACCCCUGUACAUAGCCGCUGUCGCAAACCAGAAAAACGAAAAAAACGGUAACUAAGAAGAAGCUUGCCCCGGCUUACCUCGCCGAAGAUGGCGAAGUACAUGCGUACUGUAUAUAAACCGCGUUACCCCGUCUUUUACCAGUAUUAUCAUAGCCUUGGAGCCCGGUAAGCCUUACUGGGUUUGCUGUAGCCAUCCUUGGAAUCUAGCACUUACUAUACAUCUCCGUCGAUGCUGUUACCGUAUGUAUGUGUAUACAUAUAUUUAUGUAUGUAUAAACUUGUUAGUGUGUAUAUAUAUAUAUAUAUGCUCACAUAUGUGUGUACAGACAUACAUAUGUUCAUGUAUGUAUUUAUGUACAUAUACAUGUGCGCACACAUGAUUCCCUGCCUGCUAAGAGAGGCGGUCUUAUUCCAAUUGUAUCCAUGUUAGCUCGACUGUUUACCGUCAAAAUCAUCUCUUUGUUGUCCUGGAAACCUCGGAAGCUCUGGCGAAGGCAAUUACGUUAGGAGCAGAUUAAUGUAUCGGUCCUACAUUCUCUCUGUAAAGGGAGCACUUGACUGGGAAGCAAAGUAAAUGUUUUUUUUUUUUGUUUUUUUGUUUUUUUAAAUAUCUUAAAUCUUCCUACAGUGGCACGUUGAAGGACGAAAUAUAUAUUCAUUAAGUCGAUCCUUAAUUGCUUGUUUAGUAUUAAAAAAAAAAAAAAAAAUUGUGAAGUUAAGCUCACAUUCUCAGCGGCGGCUGUCGUGGCAACGGAACCGCAGCGUAGUCCUACAGCUGUCCGUCAAGCAUCAGCAAUGGUCUGGGGGCGGGGCUUCACCUAUGUGUUACAACCGGACUCAAA